UUUUUUUCUUUUUUCUUUUCUCUUUGGUCUCCAUUUAUUUCUCUUUUUUGAUUUCUACUUCUGACAGGAUGGUAGCAGCCGUAAAUCCUUAGACGCUCUGGUGGUCUUUUGCCUCCCUUGACGGUGAGGCACGCUUUAGGUCGCUCGCUCGCCCUAAUGCGAGUCUGGUACUGCUGGUUUCCGGUUACCCGGUAUAAUCCUUUUUACUACAGCAUCAUGCCAUAUUCCCCCUGUGUUUUUCCAGAAUUCGUACUAAGUACUUAUCACAAACCAGUUAUGGCAGUUACAGCCGUUAUUCCUACUUAAUCAUAGACUCAUUUUUGGAAAGCCUAGAACCGAUAAUUGGGAAACUGUCGAUCAUGUUACCGAUUAGCAUGGCAAGGUAUCUUGGAAUCAUCUGUGCCACACGAUUUAGAAGGCUUGGGCGGGUUUGGUGACCUAACCACCCACCUAUCAGCGUUGCCUCUAGCUGCAAUACAUCUGCUUCCCCAGACCCGACUCCAAGUGUCUUAUCAGUUCCCCUCACGACGCCAAAUCAGGGGCCCCUACACAUUCCCUAGCUAUUGGGGGAAGCGUGAUGUAACUCAGCAUAUCCAGGUACGAUAGAUACGAGGAGGUACCUUAUAAAAUGAAAGACAUCUAUAGAUUAUGUAGAGUUAACAGUAUUCUACUCAACUUUCAAGUAAAACAGAAAGAGGAGAACAAAUGAAGAAUGCCGACUCUUGAACGUAUCCUCAUCGCGAACCGCGGUGAAAUCGCCGUGCGAUGCAUCAACGCAUGCAAGAAGCUCUCUAUCACAGCUACUACCAUCUUCACAGCAGCUGAUGCGGCUUCACUUCACGUCCGCCUCGCGGAUAAGAGUGUGUUGCUAGAGGGAGAAGGACCCCAGGCCUAUACUGAUGUCGAUGCGAUCCUAAGCAUAUGCAAGAAGCAAGGCAUCCAGGCCAUCUUCCCAGGCUAUGGAUUUCUCAGUGAAAAUGUCGACUUUGCGCGUCGGGUCCACGAAGCCGGUAUGGUCUUCAUCGGGCCCGAUAGUGAGUCCAUCCACAAGAUGGGCUUGAAACACAUAGCGAGAGAUCUGGCCAUCGCAGCAGACGUCCCCGUCAUCCAAGGUUCCGGAUUACUCGGAAAUGCGGAAGAGGCUCUUAAUAAAGCACGGGAUAUGGGAUUUCCUAUCAUGCUUAAAGCGUCCGGUGGCGGCGGCGGAAUGGGUCAGCAGGUGUGCUGGUCCGAAAGCGAAGUCACAUCAGCGUUUGCAAACGUGGAAAGCCGGUCCAAACAACUAUUCCACGAUACCGGAGUGUUCAUGGAAAAGUACUAUCCCACAAGUCACCACAUCGAAGUUCAAGUCUUUGGCAAUGGAUCCGAAGUGAUAGACUUUGGUGAGCGAGAAUGCAGCAUUCAGAGACGCCGCCAGAAGGUCAUAGAAGAAUGUCCAAGCCCCUUUUUAGCGGACAAGCCUGACCUUCGCAAACGCCUCAUCGCCUGUGCCGUGAUGCUAGCGAAGUCCAUCAACUAUCGCUCAGCUGGAACGGUAGAGUUCCUGGUUGACGACGAAACAGGCAAUUUCUUUUUCUUGGAGAUGAACACACGUUUGCAGGUCGAGCAUGGCAUUACCGAGCUUUGCUACGGUGUCGACCUUGUAAGCCUGAUGCUGCAACAGGCUAGUUAUCAGUUCGCCGGAGAAACCGGCAUCUCCUCUAGCGAGAUGUCGGAACUUCUAACGAAGACCCCGAACGGCACGGCGAUUGAGGCUAGAGUGUGCUGUGAAAAUCCGGCUGAUUCGUUCAUGCCUAGUUCGGGUCAUGUCCAGUCUGUCGCUUGGCCCGAUGAGCAAACUCGGAUAGAUACGUGGAUACAGCUUGGGACUUUCGUAAGCCCCUAUUUCGACUCGUUGGUGGCCAAAAUUAUGGUAUAUCGCCCUACACGGGAAGCCUCCAUUUCGGCGAUGCAGGAUGCAUUGAGCAAAUCAGAAAUUGGCGGACUGACGACGAACUUGUCAUUUUUGGGCGCAAUCUUUGCUUCGGAGGCAUUCUCCAGUGGGAAAACUCUCACAACAUUCUUGGAUACUCAGUUUACGUAUCAACCUACGGGGAUCCAGAUCAUUACACCAGGAGCUUUCACUACCGUACAACAGGCUCGGCCGCGAACGAGGAAAGGUUAUGGGGUGCCAAUAAGCGGUCCGAUGGACGACUUAUCUGCAUCCAUUGCAAACCUACUUGUCGGCAAUCCAAAGGAUAUAGAGUGCCUCGAAAUCACCGCAAUAGGCCCCGAGCUGCACUUCUACAGCCCAAGCGUCAUUGCUAUUGCUGGCUCCCCGUUCUCUGUCGAGGUAGACGGAAAGCCAACGGAUAUGUGGUCCAGAAUUGUGGUGAAGGCGAAACAGACACUCAAGAUAGGAGCGUCCGCCAGUCCAGGGGGUCGAUGCUAUCUCGCUAUCCAGGGAGGGCUUCCAGGCGUGCCAGAAUGGCUCGGAUCCAAGUCCACUACACCAAGUUUAGCACUGGGGGGCAUUCAAGGUCGAACACUCCGACGCGGAGACCAUCUCGAUGCGAAAAGUCUCCAGCAUUCUGAUCUACCCACACCAUACACUCUCGAUCCAAAACUGGUUCCUCCCGUCAAUGCCGAAAGCAUCUACGUGAUGCACGGCCCCCACGACUCCGACGACCUCAUAACCGCCGCUGGCCGAAACACCAUUUACUCGAGCGAGUGGGAAGUAGACUACAACUGCAACCGAACCGGCGUCCGUCUGAUCGGUCCUCAGAUUGAAUGGGCGCGCACAGACGGGGAAGAAGGCGGCAGCCAUCCGAGCAACGUGGUCGACUACCCCUAUCCCGCUCCAGGGGGCGUGAACUGGACCGGCGACAGUCCUGUGAUAUUCCCGCAGGAUGCGCCCGGGCUAGGCGGUUUCGUGUGCUCCUCCACCGUGGUCUCGGCCGACAUGUUCAAGCUAGGGAAGCUCAAGCCCGGAGACAAGACUAAGUUGUUCCCAAUAUCCUACGAGUCUUCCCGCGAGUUGGCACAGGGGAAGGCAAGGUUCCUUGCCGCUGUGGAAAAGCACAUAUCUAGCGGUACUCUGGAUAUCGAGGAUCCCUUGUCGCUGCUCAGGGUAGAAAAGGGGAAGCCAGAUACAGAUGCCAUAUUAAAGGUCAUUCCAGGUAGUGGUUCAGGACCCACGAUAACAUUACGUCACGGUGGCGACCGAUUCAUCAUCAUCAACGUGAGCUCUCAGAAAGUCGGCCUGGACACUUCAAUUGCCUCCAAUCUUCUAGCCAGAGCAAUCGAAGGCUUCAACGUUCCGGGUACCUUUGUGCAUGUGAACAUCAACUCUAUCAUGGUAGAAUACGAACCCGACCAAAUCACCCAACCCUCCGUCGUCCUCCUGAUCUCCAACUCCCACCGCCAAAGCAGCGCCUUCGAAAAGCCCCUCCCAACCCGGCACAUCACCCUCCCGAUCGUCUUCAACCACCCCUCCAUCCACGCCGCCGAGCUCCGAUACCAAACCCUGCAGCGCGACCAGGCCGUCUACGUCCCGGACAACGUGUCCUACGUGGCAGACAACAACGGCCUCCCCUCACGCACCGCCGUCUUCGACGUCCUGCGGCAAACCAAGUUCCUCGUCGUCGCCGUCGGCUUCAUGACCGGCCUCCCCCUCCUCUGGCCCCUCAACCCCGCCGCGCGCCUCACCUCGCAGAAGUACAACCCGACGCGCAUCGCCACGCCGCCCGGCACCGUCGGCCUCGGCGGCGGGCUCUUCUGCGUGUACCCGACGGAGCAGCCGGGCGGGUACAUGAUGCUGGCGCGGUCGGUGCCCGUGUGGGACACCUACGCGCUGCGCCCCGGGUUCCGCGCGCGCGGCACGCCGUGGCUGUGCGAGCCCUUCGACAUCGUCGAGUUCGCCGAGGUCACGCUCGACGAGUACGCCGACGCGUGCCGCCGCUUCGACGCGGGCACGUACGACAUCGCGGUGCGGCAGACGACGUUCGACGUGCGCGCCGAGCUGGAGCGGGAGCGGCUUGGCAGCGAGAUGCCCGAGGCGGUGGAGUUCCGCGCGAAGCAGGCGGUUGCGGCGGAGAGGACGAGGCUGCGCGAGGAAGGGCUGUAUGCGGAGUGGCAGCGCCGGGUGGAGAAGGACCGCCCGAGCGCGCCGGUGUCGGUUGAGGACAAGCCGGGGGUUAAGGUGGCGUCGCCGCAGAUUGGGAAGGUGUGGAAGGUUUUGGUGGAGAAGGGUGAAAGGGUUGGUAAGGGGAAGGCGCUGGUGGUGCUGGAGGCGAUGAAGUUGGAGAUCGAGGUGCUAGCGGAGGAGGCGCAUGAUGGGUUGGUGGUGGAGGAGGUGCUGGUGCAGGAGGGAACGUUGGUGUCGCCGGGUACAUCGCUCGUUUUGCUUGGGAACCCUACUUGAUAACGUAGUUGAGCAUGCAGUAUAAGGUUGUUUCAAGGUAGAAGGUAUAUAUGUAAGCGGUAAUUGAUACAUUUCUUCUGUGUAUGUGGUAAUGGAUCCAUCUACCCCUUAUUUUGAACAUUAAAUCUUCAGGGGGUGAUAUCUUUGGACCUUAGGUACAACCCUGGAGGUACGGAGCAGCUAUUUACA